GGGUGGCGCCACAACGACCGGCGGGAGAGGCCCAGGAGCGGGCGUCCGGGUACCUAGCUCGGCCACGGUGGCCGCGCAGCCCGACAGUACGAAGUUGCUCGCUCGGGGCCAUCUCUGGACGAGCGGCAAAAGCCUCUCCUCAUCCUCUGGGACCGACAUUCAGCAGCAGGACAGGACGACAAUGCACCCCUUCCGGCCGGCGCGGGCGCCACAGCUGGCGUGCCGCCUGGCCAGGGCGGCCUCUCCUUAACCGGCCAAGGGCGUGGCGGAGUCCGCGUCCCUCUCUGGCUUGGCCCCUCGAACCCGCGACCUUCCUAACAGCCCCAGGACGGAGUGAUCCAGCGGACACUGAGAACAGAUAAACAACGCGGAGCCCGCGAGGCUUCUGGGAAAUGUAGUCCUCCGCACUCUGCGCCCCGCGUUCUCUGAUUGGCCGCAAUCUACGCGCUCGCUGGGCCCCGGUAUCCAUGGCAACAACGCGUGGGUUUUUUUCCCCCCUCUUGGCCACUCGAACCCGCCCUUCGACCUCGGUCCAGCUUCAGCACGACGAACCGGUUGGCCAAGACCUGGAAGAGAAGUGGGAGGGAGCGAUGAUGCAAAAGUCAUCUAAACACUGGGGCGGGGAAAGGCGACUACAGUUAGAAAGGCAAAGGAAGCUGCAAAAGUUGCAGCAGGAAAGUUUGCGAGGUCCGGUGGGUGCUCCCGAUUCGCAGAGGGAAGGAACAAGUGCCAUGGCAGCAGGACUUUUCCUUCUUUGAUUCUGGAAGGUGCUAGACAAAAACAUGGAACUAAUUUUCCCGUCAGUGCUUAUAAUCCUAGGUUGCGUUGCUCUUUUGUUAUUCCUUCAACGGAAGAACUUGAGCGGACCCCCGUGCAUCAGCGGCUGGAUUCCUUGGAUUGGAGCUGCAUUUGAGUUUGGGAAAGCCCCUCUAGAGUUUAUAGAGAAAGCAAGAAUCAAGUAUGGACCAAUAUUUACAGUAUUUGCUAUGGGAAUUCGAAUGACCUUUGUUACUGAAGAAGAGGGCAUUGAUGUGUUUCUAAAAUCCAAAGAAGUAAAUUUUGAAUUUGCAGUGCAAGAUCCCGUCUAUCGUACAGCAUCAAUUCCAAAGAAUGUCUUUUUAACACUGCAUGAAAAACUUUAUAUCCUGAUGAAAGGGAAAAUGGGGACUUUCAACCUCUGUCAAUUCACUGGACGACUAACUGAAGAAUUACAGGAACAACUGGAGAACUUAGGCACUCAUGGGACAAGGGACCUGAACAUCUUAGUAAGGCAUCUCCUUUAUCCAGUCAGUGUGAAUAUGCUCUUUAAAAAAGGUUUGUUUCCCACAAACAAGAGGAAAAUCAUGGAGUUCUACCAGCAUUUUCAAACUUAUGAUGAAGGUUUUGAACAUGGGUCCCAGAUGCCAGAAUAUCUUCUAAGAAACUGGUCAAAAUCCAAAAGGUGGUUUCUAGAAUUUUUUGAGAAAAACAUCCCAGAUAUAAAAACAAACAAAUCUGAAAAAGAUAAUUCCGUGACACUAAUGCAGGCGCUACUGGAAAUCAUAGAGACGGAAACAAAUGAGCAAAGUCCAAACUAUGGGCUUCUACUCCUUUGGGCUUCUUUGUCCAAUGCUGUCCCUAUUGCAUUUUGGACACUUGGAUUUAUCCUCUCUCAACCCAGUAUUCAUAAGGCCAUUAUGGAAGGCAUAUCAUCUGUGUUUGGCGCAGCAGGUAAAGAUAAGAUUAAAGUGUCUGAGGAUGACUUGAAGAAACUCCCUCUAAUUAAAUGGUGUAUUUUGGAAACGAUUCGUUUAAGAGCCCCGGGUGCCAUUACUAGAAAAGUGCUGAAACCAAUUAAAAUUUUGAAUUUCACUGUUCCUUCUGGUGACCUGUUGAUGUUGUCUCCAUUUUGGCUACAUAGAAAUCCAAAAUAUUUUCCUGAACCAGAAUCUUUCAAACCCGAACGUUGGAAAGAGGCAAAUUUAGAGAAGCAUGCUUUCUUGGAUGGCUUUGUGGCCUUUGGAAGCGGGAAGUACCAGUGUCCAGGAAGGUGGCUUGCUAUGUUAGAGAUUGAAAUGUGUAUUAUUUUAUUAUUUUAUUAUUAUGACUGCAGUCUUCUGGACCCAUUGCCAAAACAGAAAAACACACUCCUCUUCAUACACACAGAAUUGUGUCUGCAAUUUCACAGGAUCCACAGAAACCCUGAACUCAUCCUCUCAACUCCCCUGAGAAGCUCCUGGCUAAGGAGCCCAUUCCGGGCCAUGUUGCUCUCACAUUUGACGAGUUCUCUCCAUCUGGUGGGUGUCCAGCAGCCAGAAGGACAAUGCCGAAUGGAAUAUACACAAAGAAAGUGACAUCUUCUGGGGCCAAGGAGGACCGGGCCUUCUGGAGGGAGACCCACGGGCCUGGCAGCAUCGAGACCUGAGCUCGACUAAAACGUGCUGCUGAACCUUUGCUUUAGUAUUUAGUUCAAGAAAAUGUCCAAACGGUGCCUGUGUCUGCGACCUCGAGAGUAGACCAAGAAUCUGACACCGCUCACUGAUAUGAAGACCCGAAUACGUGGUUUACAGAAAAUGUUUAAAUGAUCAAGAAGAGGAGGCAUUUCUUAAGAAGUUGGAAUUUGGUUUAUGAAAAACUGUAUUAGAACCUUAAAUAGUAAUAAUGCCAUUUGAAUGAAAAUCUGAUUACAGUAAUUCACCCUGAAGGCAACAUACUUAAAUUUCUGUGUUGAGAAAGGCUAGCAUCAAAAACAUUAAAUAAUGAUUUCUGGAAAUGUGUAUUUUUCUUAAUAUGAUUCUUAACUAGCAAUUGGAAUUAUCAAGCUCUAUUAAUAUAAUUCUUUAUUGUGAACAUGUCUGAUGCUAAAAGUAUGAAUAGCCCAGCCGGUGUGGCUCAGUUUAGCAUCAUCUCAUGCACCAGGAGGUCACCGGUUUGAUUCCCUAUUAAGGCCUAUGCCUGAGUUGCAGGCUUGAUCCUUGGUAGGGGUAUAUAGGAGGCAGCUGAUCAAUGUUUCUCUCUCAUCAAUGUUUCUAUCUCUCUUCUCCCUCUUCUCUCUAAAUCAUAAAGACAUAUUGUUUAAAAGGUAAAAAUAAAAUGAAAGCUUUCUAAGACCUGUGAAGAUAGGAAUUAUGUCUUACACUCAUUUCUACACUCAACUACAUCUGGGACAGCACCUUCCCUAUAAGACAUUUAAUAAAUGUAUGUAGAUUGAUGUAUUGAUUUGUAUGUAUUUCAAUUAAGGUGAAAGCACUCUUGACUCAACUUGUCUGUAAUCACAGUUUAAGAUACUAUUUUUGUUAAUGUAUGGAUACAUAAAUAUAAUGAUGUGUCAAGGCAGAUAACAACAUUUGGCUCCAUUACUUGAGACUUAUACCUGAAGUGUUUUCUAUGAAAUCCAGAAAAGAAGUUCUGUCAUCUUCAGGAGAAAAUAUGACAAUAAUAACAGAGUGGUCGAUGUCAUGAUUUGUCCUUUAAUAUUCAAUAAAAAGCUGCUUGCCUUCUUCCUUUCACAGCAAGUAAGCUUUGUAGUGCAUGCCAUCCUCUGGAUUAUUUGCUCCCUGUGCUAGAAUUAUCUCAUGGCGCUGAUAAUGAUUGCUUAGUCAUCUGUUUCCUACCAAGGAGCAGAUGACUCCCUAGGAGAAAGCUAAGUACUCGGAGUAUAUUAACUCUUCCAGACUAAUACAGUGAUUUUAAAGCUUAGCUGCAGCUUGUAACUCAGCUUAGCGGGCUCAGGGGUCUGGAGACCGAAGGGGCUGAGGAAAAUGUAGAAGUCCCCAGCAGAUUUGAGAGUUGCAGACUAAUCUGGCAAAUUCCUCUAAAGAUGCCAGGUGUGUUCUCAGGGAAGGCUCACAGUGAAACACUGCAUUUGCAAAUGAUACACACUUCAGCUGAAUUUGCAACCACUCAGGGCUAGUGUUUAGUUCAUUACUGCUCGGUCAGGAUGAAUGUUAGCUGUCAAGUUUAUGCACUUUAAAAAAAGAAUCACCACCAUUUAAUUCUGCAGUUCUGUCAGUAAAUGCUGAACUCUUGUUCCUGCUACCAAAUAAAAAUGAAGUUAUAA